CUCCUCUCGCGAUAUCUGAGACGUUGUUUGUAGCGAAGUUGUCCCUGCCGAGGAAAAAAAAUCAAACGCGAGAUUGAAAAAAAUGCCAGUGUAAACUUGGUUUAUUGAUACUAUAACGACAAUAAUUUCUUUUUGUGCUUCUGUAGUUCUCAGUGUUGGGAUUUCGAUUGAAGUUAUGUGAAGUUACGCAUGUUGUGGAUCCCAUUUGUUAGAGCACCUAGCAACUAGCUAAGCUAGCAGUUCGUAAGCAUAUGUCCAUGGUUCUUACGGUGAGAUUUCAGGGUCGAGUAUUGCGAAGAGGUGCAAACUGACGAACUUUCUAUUAAAAGAGUAUUUUGAGAUCCCGAAAAGCUUUCCAAAAUGUUGGCAACGGGAGCGGCUGUAACCAACGUCACAGCCCUGGCCCAAGUAGACCGUGAGAAGAUUUACCAGUGGAUCAAUGAGUUGUCCAGUCCAGAGACUAGAGAGAAUGCUUUGCUGGAGCUCAGCAAGAAGCGAGAAUCCGUGCCAGACUUGGCCCCAAUGCUCUGGCAUUCAUGUGGCACCAUUGCUGCCCUGUUGCAGGAAAUAGUAAACAUCUAUCCGUCUAUUAACCCACCAACCCUUACAGCCCACCAGUCAAAUAGAGUGUGUAAUGCCCUGGCACUUUUGCAGUGUGUUGCCUCACAUCCAGAGACACGGUCAGCAUUUCUAGCUGCCCAUAUUCCUCUUUUCCUUUACCCUUUUCUGCACACUGUGAGUAAAACGCGUCCAUUUGAGUACCUGCGACUUACCAGUCUAGGAGUCAUAGGUGCAUUGGUGAAAACCGAUGAACAAGAAGUGAUAAACUUCCUUCUUACUACGGAAAUCAUCCCACUCUGUCUUCGCAUCAUGGAAUCUGGAAGUGAACUCUCCAAGACGGUUGCUACUUUCAUACUGCAAAAGAUCCUGCUGGAUGACACUGGGUUGGCUUACAUAUGUCAGACUUAUGAACGUUUUUCCCAUGUCGCCAUGAUUCUUGGCAAGAUGGUGCUGCAGCUCUCCAAAGAGCCAUCAGCUCGUCUGCUGAAACACGUUGUCCGCUGCUAUCUUCGCCUCUCUGAUAACCUAAGAGCCAGAGAGGCCCUUCGUCAGUGUCUACCAGACCAGUUAAAGGACAACACCUUUGCACAGGUGCUGAAGGACGACACCACCACCAAGCGCUGGCUCGCACAACUAGUGAAGAACUUGCAGGAAGGCCAAGUUACCGAUGCUAGAGGCAUCCCACUUGCUCCACAGUGAUGGAGCUUCAAUCCACAGUGAGGGGGUGUGGUUCCAAUGGACACAAAUGGACUCACUUGGUGUUUUUUGCCAAAUUUGGUGCUAAAGCUAUGCACUGGAGAGGCUUAAAAUAAGAGAUGUUUUUCUUUUGCUUUAGUUUGUUUUUCUAAAGAUAGGGUUGUUGUCAAAACUGUACACUUUUAUAAAAAACCUUAAAAAUCUGAUUUUCAAGCCUGACUCAUUUGGACGCCUAGUACAUUACUUCAUUUUAUAUGAGCAACUGGCUCAAAUAUUGACUGAGACAAAUUUCUUUCUUGCUACCCUUUUUUUGUCAAAGAUGUUUGUGAAAUGUUGAGGUACAUUAUGUUGCAUUUAAGGGAAAACUUGCAACUUCAGCCCCGUUUCUGCUUUAAAAUUUUCUGAAAGAAACAACAUAUGAAAGUUAGGAAACUACAUCCAAGAUUUUUCUCAAACAGCAUUUUUCUGCAAGUCAUCCUGAAAACUGUUCUUAAAUCUGAUGCUGGCGCUUUUUAUUGUUACCACUCGAUCUUUCUGUAACUUCCAAUAAAAGCUGGUUUUGCUUCUAAAA